AUGGUUGCAAGCCUGGACAUGAUUUUAAUUGACCAGGAGGGAAGUAGAAUUCAAGCAACAAUAAAAAAAAUCUUAUUCCUGUAUUUGAAUCCCUAUUCGAUGAAGGAGCUGUCCGGGAGAUCAGUAACUUCGCUAUGGCUAGCAAUGAAAGCGAAUACAUGCUUGUCCCUCAUAAACAUAAAAUCAAUUUCUACAAAACCACAAAAGUUCGUGUAUCCAAUGAUUUUUUUUGAUACAGUAGAUCCUUAUCAUUUUAUCUCUUUCCCAUAUUUGCUAGCCAGGAACUUUGACACUCGUGUUGCAUUUGAUUUUCUAGGUGAAGUUGUGUCAACUAAUCCCAUGCGAGUCAUUGUUGAGUAUGGAAGAGAAAAGAGGUUAAUGAAUCUGGUUGCUCAAGAUUUAAGUGGUACGAGAAUUGCAGUCGCUUUGUGGGGCAGUUUUGCAAUGAAGCUGAAUACUUACAUUUCACCACAUAAUAAAUACACUGCUCCUAUUAUUAUCCUGCAACGUUUGACGAAACUCAAAAUUUGGGGUGGUCAACCUCAAGUUGGUAAUUGUUUGUUUGGGUCUAGAUUGCAUAUAAAUGAUGAUAUGCCUCAGAUUUUGGACUUCAAAUCAAAUCUUAAUGCUUUGGAUACGAAUGUUGAGUCUUCUAGCCGUACAUCCCAGCUCAACUCAGAUACCGUUAUGGCUAAUCCAGAGGAUUACUACCUCCGUUUUCAGAUAAAAAACAUUGAUGAAAUUCCUGAUUUUAAUGAGAAAGUUGGUUUAACCAUUAUCGCUACUAUCAUUGGUUUUGAUAUGGAUGAUGGUUGGUAUUCAUUUUAUUGUCGUGAUUGUUCUAAAAAAAUUACUAAAAAUGAUGAUGAUGUUGAUGCUAGCCCUUUUCACUAUGAUGGUUGUGCAUUUGUCUCGGAUGUAUUUGGAAAGAUUAGGAUAGUAGUUCGUGUGCAAGAUGAAAGUGGCUCUUCUUCGUUUGUAUUGUUUGAGCGUCAUGUAAAAGAUCUUAUUCAUCGUGGAAACCAAUGUAAUCCCUCUCGGUUGAUAUUCCCAAGUAUCCGAUUUCACCAUCUUCUUAACCUUGCACCUGUUGUUGAUGUUGAUUCUCUGAGUCCCUCACUGGCACCCGUUCAUCCGUUCAUACUACUAUCUGAACCUCCGUCCUCUAUUGUUGCCGUCAUCUUCACCAAUUUCUUCUGUUAUUUUCCACGUCUUCUUUUCUCUUCAAAAUUACAUCUUCAAGAUCAUCUUCAAGAUCAAGUACUUUAUUCUUUUCAAUACUCUGUCUUCACCGUCUUCGAUUUAUACUCUGUGUAUUAUAGAUUUUCAAUCAGAUUGUAA